AUGCAUGAUAGUAAACAUAGGACAGCAGAUACGCAAAUUUAUGAUACUCGAAAAGACGGUAGCGGUUAUUCCUCGAAUAAACGAGAGUGGCAUUUGCAAUCACAUGGAUUCGAUGAAGAAACAUCGAAUAGUCGAAAAUAUAUGCGAACGCAAUCUUCGUCAAAUAAUCGAGUUGUAUCUAAUUCGUCGUCAUCUCAACAGCAUCGACAAAACGAUGAUAAGAAAGCUGUUCGAGAUACGAAAAAACCGCUUCGUGUGUUCGGUGAUUGGUCUGAAUUCAAAAGUUCAACAGGCAAAACAUAUUUUUAUAAUUGUAAAACUGAAAUAUCCCAAUGGGAAAGUCCUAAAUGUUGGCCAUCGGAUGAAUCUAACCGAACAAGUACAUCUUCCACUAGUCGAAACAAGAAAGAACCAACAGCACAUGUUUCAGCCACAAUUCGUACUCGACAUAAGGUGGAAGAUUCCACUCCUCAACGAACACUUUCCCAUACCUCCAAACCAAAACUAACUCCAGAAAAUUCCACAAAUCACCAUCAUCAUCAUCAUCAAAAUGGAAAUCAUCUAGUUCAUGACACCAAUGAGCAAUCAUUUCUCCCUUCACGUAAUCGUCUUCCAAGUCCUGAUGACGACAGUUCACGAAUGUCCUUCUCAUCAACAAGCAGUAAACAAUCCUCUCCGAUUCGAUCUAAUACGAAGGAAACUAAUGGCAAUGUUCUACAUUCAUCCUUUUCAGAACCUGCUAUUUCGGUGACAAUGCCAGUAUCAGAUGUUUCAUUGACCAAGCCGAUCUCUAUAAAUGGAAAUGACACAAAACAUGCAGUUGCUCGACCUACUUCAUCUACUCAGUCAAAUACGGAUUCGACACAAAAAAAUGAAACUGAAUCUAAUACAUCGCUAGUUUCGAAAGCAGAACGUGAACAAGAAAUCCAGAAAUACUAUCGUGCUGAACUAAUUCAACAUUUAACAGAUUGGCCAGCAACUCAACUAGAGAAACAGUGUUUGAAACUAUUUGAUGAUUACUAUGCAUAUAGUGCUAAAACAUCAACAUCAUUUACGGAAUUAAAAGCAUGUAAAUCAAACUAUCGUGUACUUGAGAUAAAACGAAAUAUCUUAACUCAAAAGCUUCUCUGUUGUCAAAAACAAGCACAAGAACGACAAGAAAGUUAG